AUGGUCAACUCCUGCUGUGGAUCCGUCUGCUCUGACCAGGGCUGUGGCCAAGGCUGCUGCCAGGAGACCUGCUGCCGACCCACCUGCUGCCAGACCACCUGCUGCCGCCCCACCUGCUGCCAGACCACCUGCUGCCGCCCCACCUGCUGCCAGACCACCUGCUGCCGCCCCACCUGCUGCCAGACCACCUGCUGCCGCCCCAGCUGCUGUGGCUCUAGCUGCUGCCGCCCCACCUGCUGCCAGACCACCUGCUGCCGCCCCAGCUGCUGUGGCUCGAGCUGCUGCCGCCCCUCUUGCUGUGGCUCCAGCUGCUGCAGGCCUACCUGUUGCAUCUCUAGCUGCUGCCGCCCCACCUGCUGCCAGACCACCUGCUGCAGGACCACCUGCUGCCGCUGCUGCCAGACCACCUGCUGCCGCCCCAGCUGCUGUGUGUCCAGCUGCUGCCGCCCCAGUUGCUGUGGCUCUUGCUGCUGUCGUCCCUCCUGCUGCCGCCCCAGCUGCUGUAGCUCUUGCUGCUGCCGCCCCUCUUGCUGUGGUUCCAGCUGCUGUGGUUCCAGCUGCUGCCGCCCCUCCUGUUGCAUCUCCAGCUGCUGCCGCCCCUCUUGCUGUGGUUCCAGCUGCUGUGGCUCCAGCUGCUGCCGCCCCUCCUGUUGCAUCUCCAGCUGCUGCCGCCCCUCUUGCUGUGGCUCCAGCUGCUGUGGCUCCAGCUGCUGCCGGCCCUGCUGCUGCCCCUGCUGCUGCCUCCGCCCAGUCUGUGACCAGGUCUCCUGUCACACCAAUUGCUAUCGCCCCACCUGUGUCAUCUCCACCUGCCCCCGCCCCAUGUGCUGUGCCGUCUGUGACUGCUGA